AUGCCCUUGGGAAAGAGCAAGGUCGCAAUGGAUGGUGGGAAGAAAGUGUGGGUGCCACACCACACAGAUGGCUUUAAGUUGGGCCGUAUUGUGGAUAUUGGCAGUGAUUCUAUCACAGUUGAACCUUUUGAUGCUCCAGGCACAACUAUUAAUGCCUUUUAUGACAAAACUUAUCCUGCAGAAGAGGAUGAUAACAAAGAUGUUGAGGACAAUUGUGCCCUCAUGUAUCUUAAUGAGGCAACAUUGUUACACAACUGCAAAAUCCGCUAUUAUAAAAAUCAAAUUUAUACCUACACCGCCAAUAUACUAAUUGCCAUCAAUCCUUACUGUGUUAUUCCCAACCUGUACUCAUCACAAACAAUACAAGCAUACCGAGGAAGAUCUCUUGGUACAAUGCCACCCCAUGUCUUUGCGAUUGGAGACAAGGCCUACCGUGAUAUGAAGGUCCUAAAACAAAGCCAGUCGAUCAUUGUGAGUGGGGAAUCUGGUGCCGGCAAAACAGAGUCUACCAAGUACAUCUUGAAGUACUUGACUGAGAGCUGGGGAACCCAUGCCGGCCCCAUCGAGCAAAGAAUUGUUGAAUCAAAUCCUUUGCUGGAAGCCUUUGGAAAUGCAAAAACUGUGCGGAACAACAACAGUAGUCGAUUUGGGAAGUUUGUUGAGAUCCAUUUUGAUAAAAAGGCAGCAGUUGCUGGUGGUUUUAUCUCCCAUUACCUACUUGAAAAAUCCCGUAUUUGCGUUCAAGGGAAAGAAGAACGGAACUACCACAUAUUUUAUCGGAUGUGUGCUGGUGCUCCUGAUGGCAUAAGGCAAAAAUUACAACUCUAUGAUCCUGACAAAUUCCGCUAUUUGAAUGGCGGCUGCACUCAAUACUUUUGCUCCCAGGAGAGUAAUAAAACUCUGGACAAGAACCGGAAGAGCAAACAGUGCUUGCAACAAGGUAAUCUCUUUGAUCCUCUGCUGGAUGAUAUGAAAGACUUUAGGCUGAUCACGGAUACCAUGACUAAGAUGGGGAUGAGUGACAGUGAAAAGGAAGCCAUUUUUGGCCUGGUAGCAGCUGUAAUGCAUCUCGGCAACAUCUUGUUUGAAGAGAACCAUGAUGACAGCAAAGGUGGCUGCAAAAUUUCGGAUAUUGCUGAAACUCCUCUGAGCUUGGCUGCAAAACUGAUGUCUCUGGACAAAGGCGAACUCAGGGAAGCCCUUGUCAGCCGUGUGAUGGUACCAACCAAAGGAGGAAUGAAAGGGACUGCCAUUAAAGUCCCUUUGAAAGUCUAUGAAGCCUCAAAUGCUCGUGAUGCUCUGGCAAAAGCAGUUUACUCACGUCUCUUUGAUUACAUUGUUGAUCGUGUGAACCAAGCCAUUCCUUUCAGUUCAUCCUGCAGCUAUAUUGGUGUCCUUGAUAUUGCUGGGUUUGAAUAUUUCCAAGUUAACAGCUUUGAACAAUUUUGUAUCAAUUACUGCAAUGAAAAACUUCAACAAUUCUUUAAUGAACGAAUCCUAAAGGAGGAACAAAUGCUGUACGAGAAAGAAGGUCUCAAUGUGAAGAAAAUUGAUUACACAGACAACCAAGAUUGCAUUGAAUUGAUUGAGGGCAAAGGUCAUGGUAUAUUUGAUUUGCUCGAUGAGGAGAGUAAACUUCCAACUCCUAAAUAUGACCACUUCACCAGUGAAGUUCAUACACGUAAUAAGAAUCACUUCAGACUCAGUGUUCCUCGAAAAUCAAAACUGAAGAAACAUCGUGAUGUUAGAGAUGACGAAGGAUUUUUGAUCAGGCAUUUUGCAGGGGCAGUAUGCUACAAUACGAGUUUGUUUAUUGCCAAGAACAAUGAUGCCCUGCACACGUCUCUGGCGUUCCUUAUCCAGGAAAGUACUGAUCCGUUGUUGAAGUCCAUGUUUGCUGAAAGUGUACCUAUGUCUGGUGGAAAACUCAACUUCAUCAGUAUUGGCAGCAAGUUCCGAUCUCAGCUACAGGUCCUUAUGGAUAAGUUACGCAGCACUGGUACUAACUUUAUUCGCUGCAUCAAACCUAAUUUGAAAAUGGUUGAUAGCCUUUUUGAAGGUUCCCAGAUCCUCAGCCAGCUGCAAUGUUCAGGAAUGACAUCUGUAUUGGAGCUGAUGCAACAAGGUUAUCCUUCAAGAACACAAUUUUCUGAAUUGUAUAAUAUGUAUCAGAAAUUCCUGCCUCCAGAACUGUCCAUGCUUGAUCCUCGUCUUUUCUGUAAGUCCCUGUUCAAAGCCCUUGGUUUGGAUGACACUGAUUUCAAGUUUGGUAUGACCAAAGUUUUCUUCAGGCCAGGAAAAUUUGCUGAAUUUGAUCAAAUUCUCAAAAGUGAUCCAGAGAAUUUAGCUCUGUUGGUAAAGAAAGUGAAGAAAUGGCUCCUUGCUUCUCGCUGGAAGAAAGCACAAUGGUGCACUUUGUCUGUUAUCAAAUUGAAGAAUAAAAUAGCGUACCGUCAAGCCAACCUGAUUAUCAUCCAGAAGAAUGCCCGUAUGAUCAAUGCUAAGAAAAAGCACAGGCAUCGAUACCAAACAAUCUGCAAGAUCAAGGCUUUACAUGGACAAAUGGUCCGCAUGGAACAAAUUGCCUCCCAGCUUAAAGCUGAUAGAGAUGUAGCAACCAAACAACUGCAACAAAUGAAGAAUGGAGUAGACAGCUUGAUCAAGAAAAUUAAAAGUGAAAUGUUGACCAAACAAGAAUGUGAACAUGCUUAUGGCAUUUUGAUAUCUAAAAUGGAUCAACAAUUGCAGACAUUGAAGAAAAAACUGGAGUCGGAAAAGAUCAAAGAAGAACAACAAAGACUCAAGCAAAUUCAGGAGGCAAUGGAAUUGGAAAAGAAGAAGAAAUUAGAAGAAGAAAAACGAAAGAAGGAAGAAGAAGAACAAAAACGCCUCAAAAUGGAGAUUGAAGCUAAAAGAAAGAAAGAGGAAGAAGACAGAAUCCUGCAAGAAAAAGCUAACCAGGCUGCUGCUGUAGCAUUGGAGGCUGAACGCAAAAAAGAUGCUGUGGAGAUUGCUAAACGCCAACAAAUGUUGGAACAGGAACACCGCGACCGAGAACUCGCUCUCCGUCUGGCUAUGGAGGACCAAAACCAGGUCGAUGAUGUGGUCAUACCUCCACUUGCGAGAUCAGCUGCAGUGAUGGCCCAACGCCAGGCAGCCGCGCAGAAGAAGUAUGAUUUAUCCAAAUGGAAGUAUGCAGAACUCCGUGAUGCCAUCAACACAUCAUGUGAUCUGGAGUUGUUGGAGGCUUGUCGUGAGGAAUUUCACAGACGGCUUAAGGUUUAUCAUGCUUGGAAAUCCAAAAACAAGAAACGAGAUGACAACUCACAGAGAGCGCCUGAUGCUAUAAUUGAAGAAUUUCUACCUUCUGUUACAGCUGAGAAUAAUAAAUCAUUGCCAGUUGUGAACAAAGGUGAAUCAAACAAUGCCCCACAGCGUUACUUCCGGAUUCCUUUCACACGUCCAGCUGGAGAAUUAAAGGCAGACAAAAAGCAUGGUUGGUGGUUUGCUCAUUUUGAUGGUCGUUGGAUUGCUCGUCAGAUGGAAAUCUGUGAUGAUAAUCCAUCAAUUGUACUUAUCGCAGGAAUUGAUGACAUGCAGAUGUGUGAACUAAGUCUAGAAGAGACUGGCCUAACAUUAAAGAAAGGCGCUGAGAUCCUGGAGAAUACUUUUGAAGAUGAAUGGCAGAAGCAGGGAGGUGACCAGUACCUACGCCAAAAUUAUCAACGUGUAUCGUCCAAGUUUUUACAGCGUAAACUCAACCUAAUAAAGUAA